AACGGACUGAAGAACAAAGACUGAAAUAACGAGAGAGAUUUUUGUUCGUCUCAGAGCUUGGGUGGUUCUUUCAUGCAUUCAUGGCGAUUUCGAAGUUCUUGAUCGUUACGAUCUUUCUGGCCCUAGUGUUUGUAAGAAUUAGAGCAGAUAUAGCAACCGAAGAUGAAGUUGUUGCACCCGAAGUCUCUGAUUCUUCUCUGAAGAUCGAAUUGGAGCAGCUUAAAUUGAAGAUCCCUCUUCUUGAGUCUAGCAUUGAUGAGAAAACUCGAGAAUUAAAGAGCAAGGAUGAGCGCAUUGCAGAGAUGGGAAAUACUAUAAAAGAGAAAUCGGAUAGCAUUGCAUCAUUACGGAGCGAGAUAGAUUCCCUCCAGAGAAAGGGGACUGCAGAUGCUGCAGAGAUGGUGGGAAAGGCUCAUGCACGGGCAGGUGAACUUGAGAAACAGGUAGAGAAACUGAUAAAGGAAAUAGAAAGCCAAAAUAGGAAAAAAGAUGACUUGGAGGCCCAAGCAAGUGACACUGAGAAGAAAAUACAUGAAAUGGAGAUCAAAAUACAAGAUCUCCAAAAGAUUAAUGAUGAACAGAAGAACAGAAUUCGCAAGACUGAACGUGCCCUUCGUGCAGCCGAGGAAGCAGCGAUGAAUGCAAAGUCAGAAGCUACUUCAAAGACUAAAGAGUUGAUGGAGGUUCAUGGUGCAUGGCUUCCACCUUGGCUUGCAAGUCAUUUACUUCAUUUCCAGUCCGUUUUGUUGAAAGAGUGGGAUGAGCAUGGGAGACCUUUCCUGCAUAUUGCAUCACAAAAGGCAUUAGAGAUAAAAGCUCAAGCUCAGAACUGGGCUGAACCUCACAUUGAGACAGCUAGAACUAGAUGGAUCCCAUAUUUUCAAGAGCAAUGUGUGUCAUUUGCAACCUAUAUGGAACCACAUAUUCAGUUGAUAAGCUCAAAAACUGUUGAGGUUUAUGAGACAUCUAGAAAGGCUGUGAAACCACACAUUGUCAAAGUGCAAGAAUUCACAGAUCCUUACUUUCAGGAAGUGAAGAAGUUUUCCAAGCCUUAUGUCAAUCAGGUUGCAACUGUAGCAAAACCUCAUGUUGAUAAAGCACGGGUUGCUCUGAAACCUUAUACAAAUAAAGCAUUUCAUGCUUAUGGAAAAUUUCUUAAAUCUGCAACAGUGUAUCAUGACCAGGUCCAAGCUUCUACACAUGAAUUUUUUAAAAAGCAUGAGCUGACAAGACCUCUUGCAACUAAAGAGUUGGUUUGGUUUGUGGCCUCUGCCGUAUUGGCUUUUCCAAUAUUAGUGCUAUUUAAACUGUGGUCAUGCAUGUUCUGUAAGGAGAAAAAAGUUAUUCGGAAUGGCAAUACAAAUCAAACUCGUCGUAGGGCCAAGCGGGGACAUCCUGAUAAGUAAAAUGCUAUGACUAGUUCAAUCUAGGUUUUUCAGCACAUUCUCUAGCGGAGAUUAAGAAAUUUCUCAACAAGACCACAUGUACUUUUCGGGCGAUGUCAUUUCUUCAUCUGUGAGAUUGUUAACGUUAGGUUUGACAUUGAAGCCCAUUUUCUGAAUGAAGAAAGAAAAUGCUUGAACUUCUCCCAAAGGAAACAAAAUAUAAAAGGGAGAGAACUAUACCAAAGUGAGUUGAAAUUCUAGGGAGUGGUGUUCAUUUUGGAUCCCACUUUUCUUCGUUUUGGUAGAACAUUUCUUAUGAUGAUAGUAAAAUUUAUAUAUUUAUUUGCAUUUGACAGCAAUUUGAUUCUCAUUUAUGUUCUAGUUUGGUUUAAUCAGUGACACUCAGCUGAUAGUAAAUUUAUAUAUUUAUUUGCA